UCUUCCUCUCUUCAGGUGGAUAUAGACAGCGAGGGCCUUGUUGACUGGCCCAGGCUCUGCUCCUUUCUGCUGCGUACGUCUGCAGAGAGAGAGAGCUCAUCCACGCCUAGGGUCGCCGUAGUAGACGCCUCGCCGCUCAUCAAACACUGCCUCCACAACAAGCAAGAGACCACUGUGCGGGUCGUCGCUGUCUACCAGCCGGCCUCCCUCCGCUAUAUUAGCGUCAGUAAAGGGGGGCGACUGAUUGUCUGGAACAGCCGUCUACACAUCCUCCAGCACCUUGGUCUCUGCGGGGACCCUGCAGAGAAGGCCGUAACAAGGGGCAACCGAUUCAGAGGCUGGACCACGGAUGCUGUGUACAUGAGCAAUGUCCACAAGAUCGCCAUAGCAACCGGAUGCAGGGAGCUGCGAUUCGUUAACUUCUCAGCGACGAGACUCUCAGAGGAGGUCAUCCUCUUUGGCUUUCAUAAUGUCCCAACUGCCCUUUGCUACUGGUAUGAUAAAAAGUCUCCGGGGCAGCGCUCUCUUCUCCUUUGGGGCGACGACAAGGGAGGGGUCAACCUGAUUUGGUUUCUGAACCCAUCCAAGGGCCUGUUUGAGAAUCAGCCCGGUGAAGACCCUGCACCCCAGAGAAUCUAUAUGCCGGACCUAUCCGACCACAGCAGUCUGGUCACCUACCAGCACAUCCCCGACAUCCACAGGGCGGCCAUCAACAGGGUCAUGUUUGAACCCGAGGCAGAGCUGAUCAUGACGUCAUCGGAGAGCGACGAGACCUCUGUGGUCAUCAUGCAUGCGUCACUCAGGAGGGACCCUUACAUCUGGAGGAUGGACCAGGGCGUGAGAUGUUUCCACUACAGCAGGGGGCUGCGGCUGCUGGUGACGGGGGGCUUUGACACGGCUGUCCGGCUGUGGAACGAGGUGGUGACCGCCCGUCCGGUGGCCGUCCUGCGCGGCCACAGCUCCACCGUCCUGGACGUGGUCCUCUACCAGCCCCGGGGCCAGGUGUUCAGCUACUCCAGGGACGCAGAGCUGAAGAUAUGGGCCAUCUCCUCCCACCACUGCCUGAGAACAGUGCGCCUGCCGUUCCCUUGCUUCCAGCCGGGCCGCUCCCCGGAGCAAAGCAGCUUCCCCUUCCUGUUGGUGGAGGCUGCGCUUCCUGCCAAGGGCCCGCCCCGUCUGCUGGUGGCUUGCAAAGAUUACCUAGCUCUGCUGCGAUUGGCCGGGGGCCGAGGAGACGACGCGACGGCGGCGGAACGAGAAGGGGCGGGGCGUGAGGUGAGACACGGACGCCGGGCCGCGCCCAUCACUGCCGCCCUGUACAACCCCGGGCUGGGGCAGGUGGCGACCGGGCGCCAUGACUCCUCGCUGGCCGUGUGGGAGGCGGCCACGGGCCGGGCCUGCUUCACCAUCCACGGGGCCCACGGAAGGGAGGCCCUCACCUGCAUGGCGGUGGACUCCAGCGGCAGGAGGCUGAUCACAGGGGCCCGCAACGGCACCGUCAAGGUGUGGGACCUGCUGAACGGCCAGAACCUGCACAAGUUGGAAGCGGUGUCCGCCUCAGAGGUCACCGGGGUCACCUGUCUCCAUGGCAACCAGUUACUGACAGUGGGGUGGAGUCUACGGCUGGCGCUGUAUGACAUCAAAGGUGCCCAGGAUGUGUACGUGAAGGCUGACAUGGCGUGGAAGUUCGAGGGCGUGCAUAAGUCGGACAUCCUGGCCUUGUGCCCGUGCCCCGCCCUGGGGGUCAUUGCCACAGCGAGCUACGAUGGAGAGGUGGUGGUCUGGAGGGUGGAGACACAAGGGCCAGUGCAGAGGCUACAGAGGGACUCGCAGACAGGGGUGGCGCCCCCUGUAGACCACCUGCUGUUUCUGCAGCGCAGGGCAGCUGACAGACAGUGGAGAAACAGAGCCGUGCUGGUCUCCUCGCAGGGGGGCUCUCUGUAUUUCUGGAGCCUGUCAGGACACACACAACCGCAUGGACAGCUCUGCGGCCCGGGUCGGCCAGGUGAGCGUGUGUUAUCCCUGAGCUCUGAUCACCGUGACAACAGCGUCCUGGUAUCAGGGGACAGCACCGGCUGCCUCCAGUUGUGGGAUAUUUCACACUACGCCCUGGACGUCCUGCAGAAGCCAGUGUGUGAGCGGCCCCCUCCUCUCCUGCACCGCUGGAGGGCUCACCAGGGGGCGCUGGUCUGCACCGAGGUGUUGGAGCUCCCCCAGGGGCUCUUCAUCCUCACCGCCUCCACCGACGGCUCUGCCAGGCUGUGGACGUCCACCGGGACCCCCGUGGGGUGCUUCGGAGAGGGGGUGCAGUGGGACGUGGCCCACCCUGCCUACUAUGAACGCGAGAGCGAGGGGGAGAUGGGCGAGAGAAUGAUGGAGGAGGGGAACGAGGAAGGGAGCAAUCAAAGUGACCCUACUGGGGGAAGAGCCCCAUCCGGGGUGAAAGGUCAAACCUCAAAGCAGGUGAAGGGCCAAGGUCAAACGUCACCGGAGCAGAUUGAUCACCAAGCAGCUUCACCUGAACAGACUGAUGCUCCACACACAGUGGAGACCCCCAGCCCGCCACAACACCAGCAACGUUUAUGUCAGCACCUAUUUGAGGACACGGACCGUCGGAGGAGGCGGCGUUUGCUGAGCAGCAUCGACCUGAACAAACUGUUCCAGGUCGGCACCACAUGCUCCCCCCACCACGCUCUGGCCCUACAGGACUGCAAGGAGAUGCCCCUCCCUCCAGAAUUACCCAUAAGCCCCUGGGCGGACAGUCAGAGCCUGAGCCGCAGCGGCGCCAAGAUGAGCUGUGAGCGGGAAAAUCAAGCUAACCGAUGUUGACACCUUUAAAUGCUUGAAUAUAAAUAGUGUUUUUAAUCAAACAUUUAUAAUGUUCUUGUUCUCCAUUGUAUUCUUCCUUUUUUGUGUCAUUAUUUUGAAUAAAUGAAAUGGAUGUGCUUUAA